CAAUAUCAGAUUCUAAAGGAAUGAAUGAUAAUUUUAUUUCAAUUAUUUUCAACAGAAUGUUAGAUAAAAAUAAUGCUGAAAAAUACAUCUUUAAUAUACCAUUAGCAUUAUUGCUCGGUCAAUAUUAUAUAUUAAAUCCAAAAAGUUCAAAAUUAUUUGGAUACAAUAUUUUGCAUAUAAUUUUUGUAACGUUUGUCGCUAUAGUUUUUGUAGUAUUUACAUGUACAUUUCCAAUAAGUCUUUACAUUUUGAUUAAUGACACCAAUCAGUUGGCCAUGGAAAUAUUUUCAGUGAUUAAUGUAACAUUUAGUUGUUGCAAAAUUGUGACUAUUAUAAGAAAUUCAACCCGAUUAUGGAAUUUGCUAGAAGUAACUCGAAUAGAUUUCAUUAUUAAAAAUGGAUCUAAUUCCCUUCAAAAGUGCAGAGUCAAGUUGAUAAAGUUCACAUACACUACUUUUCUGUUCUAUAUGAUGCAAUUAUUGUGGAUAUAUUUUACUUAUCUAAACAGACAUAAUUUUCAAAAGAUUAAAUUCAAGGGUAAUAUUUAUAAAGAGUAUAAAACCAAUUUUUUUCAAUUAUAUAUGCCAGUAUCAGAAUACUCAUAUAACAUCAAAUACUUUAAAUAUAUUUAUAUAUUCGAAUUUGUAACUGCAUUUAAUUUUGUAUACUUCACUACAUUUUUUGAUAUGAUUGUUAUGCCCAUAUGCAUUUGCCUAUCAGGUCAACUAAGUGCAAUUGGAGAAUCUUACAGCUCAGUUGGUCAUCGAGAAUAUGAAAAUUAUGAUUUUAAAACUUCAAACACAAAUUAUAAUGAAAUCAAGAACUGUAUUGUACACUAUCAGAAAAUUUUACAGAAAUUAAGAGGAGUUUAUAAAUUAUUUUACUGGAUAGUUGUAAGCCAAUUAGCAGUAGGGUCAUGUACCUUUGUAUUUUUGGCAUUAUUAAUUUUAAAUAAUUUUUAUAAUAGCAAAGAGUUAGUUAAUGCUCAACACUUCUCAACAAUUAAGAUGAUUAUGUCAUUUGUUGGUUUUUCAUACCAAUACUUUUUUAUAUGUUACUUAUUUGGAAAUGUGGAUGAAAGUAAUGAAUCAAUAAACUUCUCAAUAUAUAGCAGUAAUUGGACCGAAAUGGAUUUGAAGAAUGGUGCGAACAUGUUACUCGAUUAUUUCUGUUUUAAUAAAAUACAAAAAUGCAUCAUCGUUAUGAAGUCGUUUUCUUAGCAAAUAGUAUUUCAUGUUAUGAUAGUAGUUACUAUCAAUAUCUUGGUUGUAAUGGGUAACGGGAAAUCAUGGUUCAAUUCCGGGGAGGGAGUCUGAGAAACGGCUACCACUCCAAGGAAAGCAGCAGGCGAGAAAAUAACUCACUCCCGGAACGUGGAGGUAGUGACGAAAAAUGACGAUACGGAAAUCAUCCCUCGUAAUCGGAAUGAAUACUUUAUAUCUCUUAAUUUGUGUUAGCCAACGGGCUCCUACGAUGACUGGUAAUAAUCAACACAGAAAAAACAAAUGAAUUAAACAAAUGUUUACCCAAAUAUAAAAUAAAAGAGAUUGAUAUUCGUACAAUUAUUAUUUGUAUAUAUCAUAGAAAAAUAUGGUAUCUUGUUCUGUUUAUAAUAAAUAUACUAAAUAAAUAUCAAUAAAUAUAAUGGGCGUCCCCAAGUACAAAUAUAGUAACAAUUAAUAAAUUAAACUAUAAAUAAAUUUACAUACAGUAAUAUCAUAGGACUCAACUCGUUCAAUCUACUGAUUUGAAUGUCUUCCCUGUGGUAGCUUCAACUUUGACAAUAACGGUCUAACAAUCACGGAAUAAACCGGUGUUCAAGCUUUCACUAAUAAUUCCAAAUUUAAUAAGACUACAACUUUUAACUAAGUCUUUCACGGCUCUAUUCAAUAGGUCGGAUAACAACAAUAUUGUAACAAAGGGAAAAAAAACACGCGUACGUCGAUUACUUAAACGGUAUUAUAACACCAUAUAGCGCACAGUCACAUGAACAUAUGUCAACCAUAGCUAAUCAGCCGACAGACUCCUUGACCGUGGAACUUUUUGGCCUGGUGUUGUCAAAGGCCGCAGUAUAUACUUUCACGGUCAAAUAUUACCACCACUACCUCCGUGUUCAACCGGUACACGUUAUCAAUACCAGCUGAUGAGGAAAUAACAUGUGCUGUUUUGAAAAAUUAGAAUAAAGCGUGUUAAUAUAUAAAUUUUAAUAGUAAUUAGAAUACAUAUAUAUAUAUUAGGGUGGUCCUUAAUGUAUAGAAGCGGAAUUUUUUUUAUCAAAAUUUGAUCGGGCUACCCCCAGAAUUUGUUCAAAACUAUAAAAAAAUAAUUUGUGUCAAAUUUCAUUAAUUUUGUUCCGUGUUUCUUGAGGCGUGCCUCAAGAGGGUUGAAAAUUCAA